GUUGAGGGCUACACGCCAGUCGACGGGACAGGCUUGGACCAAAAACCGGACGGACGAGAGCUCACAAAUUCAGCAGACCAAGGUAGUCAAGAGACAUGUCUUUUAUAUUUGAAUGGAUCUACAAAGGCUUCAGCAGCGUCUUACAACUAUUAGGGUUGUACAAGAAGACUGGCAAGCUGGUGUUCCUUGGACUAGACAAUGCUGGGAAAACAACACUCCUGCACAUGCUCAGAGAUGAUCGGCUAGGACAGCACGUGCCAACGUUACAUCCAACAUCUGAAGAGCUGACCAUAGCUGGAAUGACCUUUACGACAUUUGACCUCGGAGGUCAUACACAAGCACGAAGGAUCUGGAAGAACUACCUCCCAGCCAUAAAUGGUAUAGUUUACCUGGUGGAUUGUGCUGAUCAUGAGCGACUAGCAGAGGCUAAGGUUGAACUGGAUGCCCUGUUAACAGAUGAAACCAUAUCUAACGUACCGGUUCUCAUCCUGGGGAAUAAGAUAGACCGUCCAGAGGCCAUCAGUGAGGAUGCACUGAGGGGAAUGUUUGGUCUUCAUGGACAUACAACUGGAAAGGGCAAAGUAUCACUGAAGGAGCUGAAUUUGAGGCCGAUGGAGGUUUUUAUGUGUAGCGUGCUGAAGAGACAAGGAUAUGGAGAUGGUUUCCGCUGGCUCUCUCAGUAUAUUGACUGAUUCACAUUCUCUUGAUAACCUUAACCAGAUUUACCACAUGCUGCCUGUGCACACAAAAAAAAAAAAAAACAUGUUCCACACAAAACUACCUGCCAUAGAGAAAUAGAACAUACUCUAUUUAGGACUUUAACUGUGCCAGUAGUAAAUGUGUUUCAGGUAGUGUUUUUGUGUUAAUACAUCUUGUUUUCUUAACGUGUUCAAAGAAAUCUGUAUGUAGUGUCAGUCAUACCACAGCAAGUCAAGGAUAUGUUAAGAAUCAUCAGUCUGUAUUAUUCAGAUUGAAUGUGGGGAAUAAUGUUCAUGCUGUGGUUUCUACCUUCACUUAAAGCCUGUAGGAAAUUCUGUCUGUCAUAUAGAGCAUGUCAUUGCUGUGAACCAGUUUCUGACCCGGGUUUAUUUUUGGUUGCUGGUGUUGACUUACAGUGAAGGUCAUUGGGGUUAACAUUCUUUGCUUGCAGUUACUCUUCCCUGAUUGAGGAUGAAGAAAACUUUGUUUUACUAUAUUUAUCCAAAUUUUUUCAAGAACAGAAUAGUUUUUCUGGAAAUGCUGCAGUGAUUUGGUGCCGUAUUUGUUAAUAAGAAAAGUGUUAAUACAGUAGCUUGCUACCUCCAAGGAUACUAACAUACAUUUUUACUGAUUGCAUGUUUUUUUUAAUCACUGAAGGGUUUACCACUACAGGCCAAUUACAUGAAUGUGACCACAAGUGCAUUAACUGACAUUUUUGCUGUGAGGAGCUUUAUUUAAUCCAACAGAACAGUGUUACAUAAUUGCAGUAUUUGUCAUAACUGCAUCAGCACAGCCAAGUGAUGUAACAAACUCAUACUUCCAGAGUGAGGAUGCUAAACUACCUGUUUUCAUGAAGGUUACUUGCUGUGAAAUUACUUGAGUACUUUGUGAUUAGUUGCUGUUCACAACAUGCAGUGAUAUUAUGAGAGUACUUGGGUGGUGCUUAAAAGUAGGGUGGCAAAAGGUAUGCAUGAAAUUAGUGCAAUAUUAUACACGAUUUUGUAUAUAAACUCUUAUUUAUAUUUUGCAAUAAAAAUUGGCUUGCCUUGUUACAUCAAGCAUUGAGCUCUUAAGUACUAUAUCUGUUACAAAAGGUUGGUCAUAUUGUUAUUAAACGUGUGAAGUUUGAGCAUAAUAAAUAUUUUUGACAAAUCUUUCAA